AUGGCCGGCCGCGACAAGUACGCUGAAAAGUAUGUUUAUUUUUUGUUCGACACGCAUUUCUUUCGUCCGCCGCUGAAUUUACAACCUUCUCGUUUUAGAUAUAAAGGAAUUUCUAUUUGCUUUAACAUAUUGACAAAAUCUUUUUCUGGUCGUUACGUUAACUUUGGAGUUUUCGAGUUGUAUGGGGACAAGGCUCUUGAGGUGGCCUUGAAUGCAUCAUUCGAAAUGAUGUUUAACGUAGAAGUGGACGAUAUUCUCGCUGUUAAAAAUCUUAUGGAAGAUGUGGAUUUUAAUUUGAAUAUUAAAAAUCGCGAUCGUUUUACACAGAAUCUUAGCACUUUCAAACGAGAGCUAACUAAUGAAAACGUCAUAUUGAUAUGUCCACCGAUGGAUCUCAAGUUGAUGAUGUAA